UAAUGUCAGUAUAAUCUACACACCGUGUCGUAAGGAUCGUUUGUUAAGAUAACCAUGGAUUCGAAAAGUAGUGAAACAAAUGAAACUUUACCAUCUGGAGAAUUUAUUGACGACUAUUCACAUCUGCGUUUCUCAUAUUAUCGGGAUGUCAGCCUCAAUAGUUCAUUCGCAAUAAAUUCUAGUGCCUUGUCCAACGAUACUUUGGAAACCGACGUCAGUGAGUCUAACAUCAAAAAAGCUAAACCACAACUUCCGGAUUUGCCACACCCUUCAUACGUCAUGGCAUCGAUAAUAUCAUCUGCCUCGAAUAGAAUGAACACGGGCAAUAUGCAAUUCAAAUAUGCUAACAGAGUUGAAACAGCAAAAACGCAACCUGCGCAGUUUAAGUUUUCACCAUCCCGCCGGUCCACUUUGUUGCCAGAGAAAAAUAACAAUAAAUUGGAAUAGAUUCCAACAUUCAGGUAUUUCAUUCAGACAGGCUUAGCUGAAUAAGUAAUAAUGUUGUAUAACUGUUUUAAUGAAAAUUUGCAAAUUUACCGGCACCUGAAUUAUAAGGUUCUUAAGAAAAAUACACUGAAUAUAGAAGAGAAAUAUUUUUACAUUUUUUUCCUCGUGAGUGAAAUUAAAGAAAAUAUUUUCAAGAGUAAUAGAAUUAAAAUAUUUACAAAGUGGGAACAUUUUAUUGUUUAGUAUAGUGAUGACGCAUCAAAAGAAUUGCCUAGGAGACAAAACAUAUAAUUACUAAAGCGAGUGAUUUCCCUCGGGCCAACCGCAGUGCAGACGAGUAUAACUUUUAUUCCGCUUAUUUAAAAAAAUAUGAAAUUUAAAGUUUAUACCAAGUUACAACAUGAAAUAUUGUUUUUAAUUUAUUAACAGCGCAUGUCUCGUUUAACAUUUUAGUGAAAUUCUGUAAUGCAAUAUAACAUUUGGCAACGAAUAACGUGUAAAAUAAAGAAUGUUAACAUUUCCAUUUUAAAUAUUUAGAGUUUUUGUUUUAAGGAAAUCUGUAAUAUUACAUAGAAUCUUCCCAUUAUUGGUAUGCGUGUAAUAUAAAUUCUAAUAUCACC